GCGGGGUGGCGCUUGUUGGGGAGGCGAGCCGAGUCCUUCCCGGGGCCCUCCCGACCUCGGCUCGGUGGGUGGUCCCGGCGCCAGGCCCCUCUCCGCGGAAAGGAGGGGUGCGGCGCAUGCGCAUAUCAAGGCGGCGGCGCGAGGGAGACCGUUGGGGAGGCCGGCGCCCCUCCCCCGCAAGACCGGCUCCGCUGAGGCGAAGGAAGGAGGCGCCGAAGCGGCCAUGAAGGUGCGACCCGGGGAGGGGGGGCAGGUUUGAGGGACACCCUGGAAAGUGGGGAGGGGGGAGUGGAGGUGGGGAGGCAGGUAGGUGGGGUGUGUUUUUUUGAGGGAAGGGGGGUUGUCUUCCAUUUUGGAGGGGGCAGCCAGGGAAGAGGCGGGGCUGGCUAGGGGCGGAGCCUUUGCUUGAAGGCGACGAAGUAACGGUAACAGCCCCCCCCCGCGCUCGCCUGUCAAUGGGGGGGGGGUUAAAAGGGCGCCUUGCUGCCCCCCGGGAGGAGGGGGGUGGAGGCCCCUUUAUCCGGCAGAAUCCCGGGAGUCCUGUGGCGCCUCCAGAAGACUUUGACAGCGCACUCCUCCGGCAUGUUUACUCGGGUGUCUGUGACAACAUAAUCCAGAUCGAUCUUUGGCCUCCGUUUGGCUCGGGAUAGAAUGGGAGUGUGUGCCUUUGGGGGGUGAAGUCAGACAGCUGGACCCCCAGGGGACACACACAAGCGCCCGCAGAGAAGGAAGACUCUCUGGGCUGCAUCCACCAGGGCUGGUUUUUUCUUAAAUGUUUUUGCCUGAGGAAGUCAUUCUUGGAGGAGACGCAUUAAAAUAAACCGACUUCAGUUAGCUGUGGCUUACUUAACUCCACUGGUUUCAGUGGGUCUGUCCUGUGUACAGCGUAGCACAGAUCUGCACCAUCAGGACUGGAUUACUGCAGUGCAUUCUGUGUGGGGCUUCCCUUGUGCUUGAGCCGGAAGCUGCAGUGAGUGCAGAAUGCAAGUGCUGACAGGACGGAGGCAUACCUCACCUGUGCUCUGCAUUGGUUGCCGAUUUGCUACUUGGCCAAGGUCAAGCAUAUAAAGCCCUUAGCAGCUUGGGACUGGUUUACCUAAGAGAUCGCCUUACCCAACAUGUGCCCACUUGACUGCUUCAGUAGGUGGAAUUGACACUACUAUGGGUGACAUAUAAUACUUGUUCCACAUUUGUAAGACCUUGUUAGUAUGGCAGCACCUACACUUUGGAACUUGCUGCCUGUUGAGAUCAAACAGGCAGCUUCACUGCUCUCUUUGGCACCUGCUAGAAACAUUAUCACCUAUGUAGUUGUUUAGAAAAUUGAGGUAAUUUUGAUCUGCUUUAGUAUUUUAACUUUAAAGUAUGGUUGUGAUUUUUUCUAAAUUUUACUGGUUUAUGUUUUGUAAACACUUGAGGGUUGUUUUUUUACAAUCAAGCAUUAUAUAAAUUUUAUGAAACAAAUAAAAUAAAAUAAAAUUUAAAAGCACAUUUGCCACACAUCUAAAUCUCAUGGACUUCCCUUGAGAAGAAUCUUGCGAACUGAAAUACAAUUCACAACACCCUUAACAAGCUACAGUUUCCAGAAUUAUUUAGAGGGGGGAUAAUGGGUGUUGGAUAUGUUUUAUUUGUAUGGUGAUGAUCAGUGUAAGCAAUUCCCCUGAUGGCAGGUUCAUUUGUGACUGGCGCAGGUCCAAUUGCGACCCUGUGGAGAUCUCUAGAUGCCAGGUUGGCGACUGAUAUCUCCAUCUGACUAGCCCCUCCAGCUUUCUUAAGCAGAUAAGCACGAGAGCUUAUGUAUUUCAUUUAUAUCCCACCUUUUUCUCCAAGGAGUACACGGUUCAGCCCCAUCUUAUUUAAUCCCAACAAUGACCCUGUGAGGUAGGUUAAGAGGCUGUGACUGGCCCAAGGUCACCUCAUGAGCUACAUAACUGAGUGGCAACCAUAGCCUAGGUUUAAGGUGCCAUUUGGCAAUUAGCUUAUAUAUUUGACUUUCUGACACUGGUGUGGAUCUGCCCAGAUCUGAGCUUACUCCCAGUUUAGGUGGUUACAGAAUUGUAGCCUCGUUUUACUGGGUUUAGUGGGGAUUACUCCCAGAUGAGUGUCUGUGUGCAGAAUUGCUGCCCACUUACUGGGAAGUAUGUGUGUAGGAUUCCAGCCUAUGCCAACCUGGUGUUUUGAAUUAGCACCAGGUUGGCACAGGCCAACGUAGGCUAUGCAUGUUUAGUUGGAAGUAGGAAAUCAAUGGUUUUGGUGGGGUUUAUUCCCAAGGAAGUGCAUGUGUAGGAAUGCAGUCUUGUUGUGACAGAAUGGGUUGUGGACCAGAACUCACUUCAUCCCACACUGGAAGUUUUCUCCUCAGAUAUAUUUUUAGCAGCUCUUUAUACUCUGCCUUUUUUCUUAAAAAAAAUGCAAGGUGUACAUAAGAUCAGCAUAAUGGAGAAAGAUAAUGCAAUCUGUGAUUUCUUAUUAAUCUAAAAAAACAAAAAACAACGUUGAUAAGCAAAGCCAGUUUAAAAUAGCAGCAGAAAACAAGAUAUAACCAAGGUUCUAGAAAAACCAUUCAUAUAAAUGUAAUAAGUAUCCUUUGUGUGUAGCAUAUGAUAUAUACACACAAGGGCUGUUCAGCUGAUUAAAGAAAUCAGAGAGUGCAUGUUUACUUGGGAGUAAAUACCACUGAACACAACAUUACUUUUGAGUAAACGCACAGGAUUUCACUGUUAACCAAAUAAUCAAAUAUGUAUUAGCUGAUCAAUUAAGUAUGAAUAAAUGUGCAUGUGAAUAUAACAGUGUUUAAAUAAGCCCACAGAAGUUAGUGGCUUGCUGGAAUCUAACAAAGGAGGGAAUGAGAAUUCCAUCUGUUCCCUCCUGUGUGCAGGAAAAAGAGGAGCACUCUUCUUUAAAGUGCCACCUGCCUGUCACCAUUUUUUAUAAUUUCUGUACUAGUAAAAUCAACAACUUAAAAAAGGACUGCCAAAUGAAUUGUGGUAUGUUCUUAUUUGAUCAAAUAUUCUUAAUUAUUAACCAGUUUAAAUGUUGCAGCCCUAAAACAUGCAUAACACCGAGGUGGAGAGAGAAACUAAACAGUGCGCCAAAGUGCCACUUCAAGGUGCUAUAAAACUCUAUUACAUUUGUUGUAAAAGUUAAAAUAGGGUAGGCUGAACUCGAGGGAAGGAGUGGGUGGAAUUGUUAUUUAUAAACUGUUGUACAUGUAAUAAACAGAAUGCUCCUGUUUGUUGGUGAGAGCUGUGUGCAUCUUUUCUGUUUGUUUUGAGCCCAGUUCAAGGUGUUUCUUUUGACCUUAAAGGCCCUAUAAUAUCUUGCUCCUGAGCAGCUUUAGAAGCACCUUUCCCAUAUAAUAUUUACCCACCUAGUGUAUUAGGAUCUGCCCAUGAAGCCAAUGUCCCGGUUAUGUUUCCUAGCCCAAUAAGUGUGUUAUCUCUGAGGAGCAGAGCUUUUUCUGUGUUGGCUCCAGAGCUGUGGAGCGUAGUCUUUCUCUUAGCAAAGGGAAAUACUUUCCCCCCUGCUGUGUGAUUUCCUGUUUUGCUGUUGUGUUAAUGUACUAUUUAUUUAAGGUAGUUAUAUACUAUACCAUUUUUCAGGGGGACCGCAUAAAGUAGUUUACAUAAGAUCAUUGCGAUAAUAACUAUCAAUUAAUACAUUAGAAUAAAAUGGAAAAGGAAAUUUGUUUGGAAGAAUCUAUUACUGCUUUUUCUUGGGGCCAAAUGAUUUUGCAGGUGCUGUGGAGGUGGCAACUGGAGGAGGAAAGCCUCCCCCCCCCAAAAAAAAACCUGGCAGUUGGAUGAUAGAAUCAUAGAAUCUUAGAGUUGGAAGGGAUCCCAAGGGUCAUCUAGUCCAAGUGCAUUCAAUGCAGGAAUCUCAGCUAAAGCAUCCAUGACAGAUGGCCAUCCAACCUAUGUUUAAAACCUCUAAGGAAGGAGAGUCUACCACCUCUCGUUGCAGACUGUUCCACUGCUGAACAGCUCUUACUGUUCCUAAACAUCUUGGUGCCAACUAAGUGCAUGCACCAUGUGGUGAUGAGAACAAAACUUGAGAGUUUUCUUGAAUCCUGCAGGGGUAGUGCUUACGCUCCAUGUUACACAUGUAGUUUUUCACCUCUAGGUUUUUUCAAAGUUAUUCACCUUCAUUAGCAUUGUUCUGUAGAGCCAAGAGCCAUUGAUUGUGUUGUUUAAUCAUAAUGUUUUUGGAUGAAGACAGGUCUAAUCCAAAUUUGGUGACAGAGGUGAAUAGCUGCUCUGGAUUAACAGAAGAACAUAGGAAUGUGCUUCCAUUUAAGUGAUUUUUGCAAGACAUAAAGGCCCACCACCUUCCAGUACCUGAGUCAGACUUGAAUGCAAAUAUUACUGAAUUGAUAUAAGUUAAUUUUAUAGGUAUACCCAUCUCAAAAAGAGAAAAACUUGUUGGUGUACAACCAGCAUCAGAGUCUUAGGAAUUUGGACGUUAAUCUGUAGAUAAUUACUGUCCUGCUCACUAAGGAGGUUGCAGCAGGAGAAUAUCUCAUCUCUACCUCCUUUCCUCUUUCAAGUUCUGUUGAUUCCUGGUAGCCUAUAGGCACCUUCUCCCAGUUUUUUAAUAUUGGGCAAAAUAUAAGGAUGUGGAGUUGGUGGAACUUGGAUGUCCCAAAGGCUUGCCUGAUUAACAUUCUAUCAACCCCUUUUAAAUUUGGCUUAAGUAUACGUAAGAGAAAUUAUCUAAAUCUUGCCAGAGGACAGGAGAACACUGAGUCCUUGGGUAACUCUUGAGGGCGGCUCACCUAAAGCCCGUCUUUGGAAUUUAAUCCCAUUUGCCCUGUCCUGUGUAGCUUGUUUUUAAGCUUCCUGCAGCUUUUGAUGUAACAGUGCUACGCCUCCUUUACAGGUUUCUUAAGAAGCCUGACAAGAUCUUUCAUUUUUGCUUUCACUUUUUAAGAAAAGUUUCCAAUGGUAUACAACAUCAGAGUUUAGAAGAAGUAUGUAAAAUCCAGUAAAAUAUGUACAGACAUGAUAUAAUUGGCUAUUAUAGCAACUAGGAUAAAGAGCCACACCUCAGCAAAUGGGUUUCUGAUAAAAAUGCCUUCAUGGAAUUGCUGGGUUCCUGGUUGCUCUUGUGCUGUGCACACCAGCCUAUGUGCACUGCUCUUUAAGAUUAUGUCAGUACAUAAUAAGACCCCACUUAGCCAUGAUUUGAUCAUGGAUGAAGGUGCUGAUUUGGCAUGUGCUUCUGAGACCUGGUUGUGUGAAGUGGGAAUUGUUCUGACCCAGAUGCUUAGUACAGCAUUAACACAGACUGCAGGACACGUUACUGUGGUCCAUAGGACUUCCAUCUCUACCAGGAAACUCUUCUGACUUGGAACUGGCUUUGAAGACCUUCAGUUGGUGUUGGGCCAAGGAGACAAUAAACUAGGGUUGUUGCUAGUGUACUAUCCAUCUUGCUACCCUGGGCACUGUGGAACCCGUGGCAACCUUGGUAUAGCAAGUAAUAACUGGUGAUGAAAUAGACUGGAUGAUGGCUAGAGUGCCUGCAGCAAAUGACCAAGCACAACAGCAUAAUUGUGGCUGCUGUGUGGUGUUGAGCACUGUGAAGAAGGCCCACUUCUCUGUCUCCAUCGCAUCUUGAAGUAGCUGCCCAGUUGAGCUUUUUGUAUUAUCCGGGGCUUGUUAAUAUCUAUAGGGAAUGGGAUUUUAGACUCUUUGGAAGCCCACAGUGACUUGUUUGCAAGGCACUUGAGCACCUCUACAGCAGUUUUGUUGCUACAUUAGCGCUCACUGCACUUUACUGUAAAAUGUCCAGUGGAAGUUAUCAAAACCCAUUGCUUUGUGACAACUACCUCCCGAUUGCAAAUCACCUUUUUGAGAAAGGUGAUUGAGAGGGUUAUGGUUCAACAGCUGUAAGUACAGUGGUACCUCAGUUCUCGAAUGUAAUCUGUUCUGGAAAACAAUUAGAUUUCCAAAAUGUUCAAAUACCGAGGCGCAAAGGGCUGGCUGCAAGUUCAAUUGGAAAAAUGGAAAAACACGCAGAAGAAGCCGUUUGACUUCCGAGGCAUGUUUGAAAACGGAAGCAAGUACUUCUGGGUUUUCGGCGUUUGAAAACCAAAAUGUUUGGCUUCUGAGACACUCGAAAACUGAGGUACCACUGUACUACAAGUUUAUAGUUUGAGGAUCCAUCUAUGUUGGUAGAGGCACAGCUGACCUCAGUGGUUAGAAGUGCAAUUUACCAGCUUUGACCAUUUCUGAACUGGGAUAGCCUGGCCACUGAUGUCUGUAUGUUGGUAAUCUUUGGCUUGCAUUAUUGCAAUGUGCUCUAUAUAGGGCUACACGUAUAGUACAAGUUUUUCAUAGAAUAUAUGUUACAGUAUUCUGUGUACAGUGGUGCCCCGCAAGACGAAUGCCUCGCAAGACGGAAAACUCGCUAGACGAAAGAGUUUUCCGUUUUGGAGGUGCCUCGCAAAACGAAUCUGCUAUGGGCUUGCUUCGCAAGACGAAAAUGUCUUGCGAGUUCCUGGGUUUUUUUUCCUUUCCCCCUCUUUUCUAAGUCGCUAAGCCGCUUAUCUGCUUAUCCGAUAAGCUGAUAAGCUGCUAAAAGCCGCUAAAAGCCGCUAAAAGCCGCUAAAAGCCGCUAAUAGCGCUAAUCCGCUAAUCCCAUCAAUGGGCUUGCUUCGCAAGACGAAAAAACCGCUAGACGAAGAGACUCCCAGAACGGAUUCUUUUCGUCUUGCGAGGCACCACUGUAUUCAUUUGGCACAUGUUCUUGUCAUUGUAUUGGGAGGGCUAAUCCUGGAAAGUAUAAGAUUCCAAUACAUUUGCAUCAAACUACCACAAAAAUUGGGUGCUUUUAACUAAAAUAAAAAUUAAGUGAACUGUGCAAGAGUUAUAAUGUGUUCAGUUUAACUAAAUACCUUUCUCUGUCAUGAAGUUCAAAGGGACCUGAUCUCAAAACACUUGGAUAUAGUCAGGUUCUUUCUUCUUGGCUAUAAGUCAUGAUCUGUAUUAAUUCUGUUUGAAUUCUACUGCUUUGGCUCAGAAAUAAGAAAAGAGCCCAAACUUAAAUGUGAUUAAUUUAAAUCUCUUUUCUAAAUCUCACAACCUUUCGGGAGCUAACAGUUCACUUGGUUUAGUGUGUGUGCUUGCGUGUGCAUUUACGCAAUAUUAAGAUAAGUUUUUUAUUCCUGGGAUCAUAGCUAGGAAAAUACUAUAAAAUGUUUUGGUUUCUGGAAUUUUUAUAGCCUUGUAAAAUUACAUAGCUGAGGUAACUGAAACAUCACUCUUUUCCUACCUGUCAAAAAUGUCCACCACCACACACUUUUAUUUUGUUGUGUCUACCCAUGGAUUGUGAUGCAGCUUAUUUUGAUGUGGUCUUGUUAGAAGAGUUUAUUUAAACUCACACAAUGGUUUGUAGUAUAGGCAAAACCAGUUCAAGGCCCAAUCCAUGAAUAGUGUUUUCUUGUGCAAGCCGCACUUCAGCAAAUGGCAAGUAUUUAUAGCAAUUAUAUGCUCAGCUGUAACCUACCUGCAUUGCAUAGGAUGCAUUUCCAACCAAUUAUGCCCUCAGACGUAAAUGUUGCCUUGGAAAGUGCUGGGCUGUUUGAGUUACAUUGGAAUGGUUAACUUAACACAUCCUUCAAGGCAAUAACUACUGUGUGUAAAAUAAAAAAAUAAAAGUCUAGGAAGAAACAGGAAGUUGGUUGCCUGACUUGCUGUGUCUUUUUUUUUUCGGGUUUAUAUGCUGGCAGUUUUUCACACACAUUUUCUUUUGCUAAAAUAGUUAUUAGCUUAAAUACUAUUCUGAUCUUGCAAACUCGGCUUAUGUAAAUGUUGCUGAGAAGAGCAUGGUGCUUCUUAGCAGAAUGCCAGAUGCCAUUUUAGAUUGGAUUUUAGCCCUUUUGGCAUCAACUGUGAUCCCUCAAGCGAUGCUGUCCCCUGGAAUCAGUUUGGUACCCAGGGCUCAAGAAUUAAGUGUGCAAGCACCAUUCAUUUUUUGCUUUUCUCAGUGAAAUCAGUCUCAGUCAUCUCUAGUCUAGAUGUCUAGCAGAGAAAGAGGCUGUUCCUUGAAAUGUAAGCUGGGUGCUUAAUGGGACACACAAAUGAGAAUAUGCACUCUGAAAGACGGGAACAGUUAUUUCGAAGAAAGGAGGUUUAGAUGAAGGAAUAAUGAGAAUGGUCCAGGAACCUUGAUUUUUCUGUUUUUAUCUGUUUUUUUUAUCUGUAAACUGCUUUUGAGUCCCAUCAGGGGAAAAGGCAGUGUACGUAUGUACGUACGUAUGUACCUCUUUCUUUCUUUCUUUCUUUCUUUCUUUCUCUCUCUCUCUCUCUCUCUCUCUCUCUCUCUCUCUCUUUCCCCCUUCAGAAAAGCUGUAUUACCUGGCACACAAUUAAUCAAAUGAUCAAAAUUUAAUUUGGUAAAGUUCUCCAUUUAGAUUUUUUAAAAAAUCUGCUUGGUAGUUGACAUUAUGUUGGGUCAAAAAAGUAGCCCAUAACUUUCUCACUGCUGGUUCAUAUAAAACUAUCCUCUAGUAACAAACUUAACUAUCGUCUAAUUUAAAAGUCCUCUGAUUGACCUUCUAUAAAAUUCGUAAGUGAAUAAAGGAAUAUAUUUUUAUGUGAAUUGUAUGAAGAGAAAUCAUAUGGGAUAUAGCACACAAUGUUUUUGACCUGGUGUGAUGCACCACCACAAAUAUGGUCAUUUGUUCCAGUUUAGGGGUCAGAUGUUCUGUGGGCAUACCAUAUUUUUCCGUGUCUAAGACAAGGUUUUUUUUAUUAAAAAGCAAUGCUAAAAAUUUGGGGUCGUCUUGCUGCCUCGAGCAGGAGAUUGUCAGCAGCGUUGGGGUGUGUGUGUGAAUGGUUGCUGUGGCCAGGUCUGCUGGCGAUUGGCUGCUGUGGCAAUCGGUCGUGUGAUUGUCGGCUGCUGGCUGGCAAGCGGGCAUACGAUUAGUGGCUUCAUGGAUGAGUGUGAUUGGCAGCGUUGGGUGAGCGAUUGUCGGCAGUCCCCCCCCCCCCCAAAAAAAGCUCAACAGCUCUGGGCAAGCUUCCCCCAUUUCCUAAGUUUUGAGUCCCAAAAAAUAGGGGUCGUGUUAUACACAGGGGCGAGUUAUACACGGAAAAAUAAGGUAGUUUGAAAUCUAGAUGAGCUUUAUCACUGAACUAUAGCUUUAUGUAGCUUUCUUGAACUUUUGAAGUGAGAAGUGCAGGUUAUAAAUUAUAGAUAGGAUUAUGAGGACAAGGGAACAAAGGUGGUGUGCAUUUUUCUUAAAAUAAAAAAGGAAAAGAUGGUUUUGAUAGUUGCUAGUUUUGCUGUCUAGGUGUUGCUGUACUAGUCUCUCACAAUUUGUGCAGUGGGACUGAAACAGGUUUUCUCCUUUUUCUACAUCUAUCAUGACAAUUGUUCAGUUGCCAACAUUCUGGAAAUGGUGUACUGUGCUCCUAGAAUGAUUGCUACAGAAACAAAACAAAGUACUUCUUCCAGAAUGCUUUCUGCAGAGCUGGGGCCCUUUUGAAAAUAGGCUUCCUGUGCAACAAAUAUGCAGUUUUUGCUGUUUUGUUAAGGGGGAUCCUAAUUCCUUUCCUCAAGGUAGCCUAUCUGUAGCAGGGAUACUCUACUUUCUUCUUUGGUUAUGUGGCUCUCAUGAUGUUAGCACUACCACAAGUUUAGCACUGAGAGAGGCGUGUUUGUUUUCCUUUUGGUCAGGAGAGGCUCCUAAAUUCAGGAGAAUUACUAGCUGACCAUGUUGGCUUGUGUUUGUGUCUUACAGGCGGGAGCGACAUCCAUGUGGGCUUCCUGUUGUGGGUUGUUGAAUGAAGUCAUGGGGACAGGAGCUGUUCGUGGCCAACAACCUGGAUUUGGGGGUGGAGCAAAUCCCUUUAGAUUUGCACCAAGUACAGACUUCACCGUGUAUACCUCUUCAGCAGCAGGGGGAUCUAAUCUAGUCUGUAAAUCUUGUGGCCUCACAUUCUCUGUGUUCAGAAAAAGGGUGAGUAUAUAGCACUUUCCGUCACUUGAGGGCUGUAUGUCUCUGCCUUCCCCCACCCCCCGUCUUUGGCCCAAAAAGCCUAUUGCUGGACCGGGGCAAGGAAAGAAGUCUGGCUCAGCUUGUAGUAUACAUUGUAAAUCCCAAUAUUUCUGUGUUAUGAAUCUGCUUGAUGUAUUUGUAGGUUUAUUAAAGUGUAUGUAAAUAAUGCUUGGAGGAAAGAAGAUGUCUGGGUACUGGUGACAAUUGUGUUAACAUUCUUCUGGCUUGUUUCUCUUCUGUGUGUGCACUUAGCAUGUCUGUUGUGAGUGCAAGAAGGAUUUCUGCUCCAUGUGUUCAGUCUUGCAAGAGACCCUCCGAAGAUGCUCCACAUGUCAGUUGUUGCAGGAGACAGCAUUCCAGCGUCCGCAGCUAAUGCGUUUGAAAGUCAAAGAUUUGCGCCAGUACCUGAUACUUCGAAAUAUCCCUACAGAUACUUGUCGAGAAAAGGAAGACUUGGUAGAUCUUGUACUGUGCCAUCAUGGAUUGGCUUCUGAAGAGGAUACAGACACUAGCAGCUUGUAUUCAGCACGAUCACAGACUUCUAGUUUUUCUACACAUCCUAUUUCUCUGUCAGGUUCUGUAUCAUCCUCUCAGGGAGACUUCGCACAUAGGCAUGAGAGCACAGGAAAUGAAUUACAGAUACAGGUAUGGUAGUGUGUAUUGGGUGGGGCAGUUGGGCUCUUUCUGCCCCUCUGUACCUAGGGUGGAAUGGGGGUGGAGCUUGGCCUGGAAGCUGAUCCUCUGGCUCUGCAUCUUAAUUACAGUACAGAUAGCAAAAUGCAUCCAUGUGUUUUUCUCUUGCUGACACAGGAGGUGGUGGUAAUCUGGAGGAGAGAAAGAGGAAUUGUAGAAGUCAGUUUCUGUAGUUCCAGAAAUUGUCAACUAUUGUUAUGUUUCUUGUUCUCAGCAGGCUGUGAUGCAACCUAAUAUUGACAUAGCCCCUAAAUGCCUUUAUUUGAAUGUUUGCUCCCAUUCUAUCUUAAGACUAAGAUCAGAGGCGGAUUUGAAUAUUGAACUUAUCAGUGACAAAUCCCUGCUUAAAACAUGUUUGUUUUGUAGAAAGUUCUCUCUUUAAUCUUUUUAGCUUACUGUUGAUUUUAAUUAUCUUUUGAAUGUUUUUAAUUGACUUGUAUUGAUAAUCCUAAAUGUUGUAUUCUUUUUGUAAAUCGCUUUGAGGUUUUCUUGCAAUCAGGUGGUCUAUAUACUUUAUAUAUACAUGCUUUCCUUUGUGCAAAGUGGUCUCUGUGCUGAAUCCACCAGCCCAUGAGACUUGCAUCUUCCCACUCCCAAAUUUCCUGACCCUUCAGCGGUGCUGGGAACAACAGCCUCCACUUGUGGCGAACCUCCUGAAAUGACAGAAUGACCCACUGGAGCCCACGAAAGUGCUUCCUUGUCUGUGGCACUAUGCAUGUGUGCCACCAGGGACAGUCAGAUCCAACUAAUGUUUACUAGAAAAUCAUGAUGGGUGACACACAGCUUUCUGCCAGGUUCCCCUGCUACUCGUGCUUAUCCAUCUCAUCUCCAACCCAUCCCUGAACAAGUCACCAGAGAGGACUUCACUCUUUCUCUGCUUUUCCACAUAGGUAGUAAGUAGUAAGUAAACAAAAAACGUAACUCAGCAAUAUCGAAAGCAACACGAUGGCCAGAAACAAUUACAGUAUAGAAAACUUUAUGGAAUAAUGCAAAACAUCAAAACUAUCACACUGAAGUCUCUGAAAGUCCUUGAAUAAGUCACAGUGCCAGACUUUACCCAGCGGAGAUCAAGCUUGUAAAGCUUUGGAUAAUUGGCAAAUGUCCAAUUCUGAUGUCCAACUCUGAACUCUGCUGAACAGUGUUUCCAGAUGGCAACUACUGUUUUGUUCAGUUCAUCAGCCAAUUAGUUCAACAAAAACUUGUAAGUAGAAAGAUGUGUAACAUCUUCAUUAACCAGUCUUUUUUAGAAUUGAUAUAAUAUACGAGAAUGAAAGAUACUCUGGAACAGUGCUCAUAUGAGUGUUGAAGUAAUUGGCUGAUGAAGAACCGAAUGAAACAGUAGUUGCCAUCCGGAAACACUGUUCAGAGUUUGGACAUCAGAAUUGGACAUUUGCCAAUUAUACAAAGCUUUACAAGCUUGAUCUCCGCUGGGUAAAGUCUGGCACCGUGACAUAUUCAAGGGCUUUCAGAGACUUCAGUUUGAUAGUUUUGUGUUAUUCCAUAAAGUUUUCUAUACUGUAAUUGUUUCUAGCCAUCGUGUUGCUUUCCACAUAGGUAGUCAGAAUACAGAUAGAAAAGAAGGAAGGAAUGAGGCUUGCCAUUGACUGGCACAAGGUGGCCAACAAACCUGUUGAAGCCCUGCCUGUCAAGAGCUAGCCAGAAAGGAACUCUUAAAGAGUGCUGUCCCACUCUAGGAAGGACAUUUUUCUAAUUUGCAAAGUCCUACCUAGAGCAAUUGGCAAGAUCCCUUCCUCCGCUACCGGAAAAUCAGUGGCGCUGCCAACAGCUGACUCUUCUCUCCCCUGCCCCUGUGCUGCUUUAACAUCUAGCCUAGAUGAAAAAUUUGGAGAAUCGAAAAGCUUGCAUGCUAUUUGGGAAUCUUUUGUUAAAGGUAUUGCCCUAAUAUGGAUUUUGCUUAUACUCUUGUGGGUGUAGGGACAAAGUGAGAGACUCUUGGCAAACCUUGGUGAAGAGGAGGAAAAUGCAGAGCAGGUAAGAAGUGAAUCACCCGGUGAAAUUUAGGUCUUGGAGUCACUUAAAAAAAAGAGAAUGAACUUCCUAAUUUGAUGUAGCGAUACAAGAUUCGUAAAUGAAAAUUCUUAAAAUAAUUUAAGACUUGGAAACAUUCUAAAACAAAUGCAUAUUUAAUGUGUGCCAGGCCUCCCCUUUCCCCUUAGGCAAACAGAGUUAAUGCUGCCUGCUUCUUUGCUAAUAGAUGUCUUAUGAAUUUUAGACUCCAGGGCAGUCCAGGAAGCGUGCAAGAGCCUCACUAUCUGAUAUUUCAAGCCUGGAUGAUAUUGAAGGGCUAAAUGUUCGCCAGCUGAAGGAAAUACUUGCUCGCAACUUUGUCAACUACUCGGGAUGCUGUGAAAAAUGGGAGCUGGUGGAAAAAGUGAGCAGGCUCUACAGGGAGAAUGAAGCAAAUCACAGGACUUGUAGGUGUACUUAUUCUCUGUUUGGGGGUGGGCAUGUUGCUUAUUGUUACAGCCCUCUUUGCCCUUCAUCUUAGGGGCUGCCCUGAUGUUUUGUUAAUGCAAAAAAUGGACCAUCAGUGUAGAACUACAGUUCCACGCUGCUUUAAAGUUGCAGUUAUAAUAUUCCUUCUUUGUCUAGCAUAAACAAGUCUGCACUAAAGCAGCUUGGCUUAAUAUUCUUUGUGUGGGGUUACUAAUUGAAAAGACCUAUGUCAUGGCAUGCCUCCCUAACAUGGGUUCUGUUGGUUCUUGGCAGUGGGGGAGAAACCUCAACUGAACGAUGAGGACGACAACCUCUGCAGGAUCUGCAUGGACACAGUGAUUGAUUGCGUGCUUUUGGAGUGCGGCCACAUGGUCACCUGCACGAAAUGCGGCAAGCGAAUGAGCGAAUGUCCCAUCUGCCGACAGUAUGUUGUAAGAGCCGUGCACGUCUUCAAGUCAUGAAUGUGGGAGACCAAAAUCAGAGGCUUCUCAGUGCGCUUUCUCUGGGGCUGAGGCACAGACCACGGUAGUCGUGUCUGGAUGCCCCAUGGUAGGCCUCAGUUCCAAUAAUUCAUAGCAUCCUGAACAGAAGCUUAGGAGCUUGACCAAUGUACUUCUGCUCAGGCAGACAGAUGCCUUGUUAAGGAUAGAGCUGUGUUACUGGAUAAAACCAGAAACUGGUUGACUCUAACAUGCAGCAGCAAAUCUAGCAUUACUCAUUGCUCUCUUCUGAAGAAUAUAGCACAUUACCCAGUGGAAAGGCCAGGAAGUAGGGUGCUGCCUUUCUAGCAAGCAGCAGGAGUGAGGAUGCCCAAGUGCAUUUAAAAGUAAGUGUACCAUCCCAAGGAAUAGUUAGCUGCAGUCUUUUAAAUGUUAAAUGAAAUGCAAGUGGGCCCUCAAAUGUACCACUCACACCCAUCUCAAGCAGACAGAUUGGUGAAUGUUUUUUAUUCAGGCAAAGGGGCUCUAGUCCCAAUUCCACAUGUACCCAAUGAAGCGCAGUAGCCUUAAUCAUAGUACCUAAAGCUACCCUACCCCAUACUUGCUUCUAAGGUGACCCAUUCAGUUUUGAUUAUUCAUAAGUUCUGACAUGUUAGAAAUUUCCUACAGUGAAAUGAGUAUGGAGUAACAGAACAGCCAAGUAGAAAGGUUUCUUCAGAGAAAACAAAUCCUUAAUAGGAAUCAUGGCUUCCUUUGUUCAGAAGCACUACCAAGUUUACUGAACAGCUAUUUCAGUGUUUUUCUUGCAGAAUACCUUCAUUCCAGUUUCCUGGAAGACAUAGCUAAAGCAUAUCUGGUGGAAAUGAGUAUGGAAAUGUGAAGCUUCAGCUCUAGGAUCAGGUUCAAAUGGUGCAGAGAGAAAGAAACACAUUACUCCCAUUCUUGGGGUUGCACAGUACCAAAUACUUUACUAUUAGAACCUUACUGAAUUUGAGCUGUGAGAGGAAAAACCUGAAACAUGGCAAUAUUUUGAUAAAAGUCUUUAUCCUCUUCCUAAAGUCCUGCCUCACCUCUGUAGGAAGAAUGGCAAUCCUGUCAAUCUGGCCCAGAAUGUCUUAACAAGGAGUUAAAAGUUCCUUCAUUGCACAGUAGGCAGGUAUUGCUGUUUUGCUUCUCAAAAGCAGAUAGUGUAAAGCUUGUGCGCACAAGAGUAAAUUUUAAUGUUUGCGGGAACUAAGUAACUGGGAAGGCUCUGAGACUGAGUGGGAUGGAGUACCAUUCAGUCUCCAGCCAAGACAGAAUGUAUGACUUUCAUACUUUAUUUUUCAGAAGGGAGCAAGAUAAUAUGGCUUUAUUUUUAGAAAGAUCUUUUUUAAAGAUAAGGUGCAGAAAAUCAGCUGAUCAAGUCCUUGUUCAGGGAGUACAUACACAAAGAGAAUGUAGCAUACCCCUAACAUUCUGAACAAUGGCUGUUGACUUAAUAAAACAUUUUGUUAUCUGGC